CAGGCCCUCUGGAGGAGAGGCCAGCGCCAACGCCCGCGACAACGCCAGCGGAGAAGCCUCCAGCGGCAACGCCACCGGCGACAACCGCGCCAGCAACCACCCCGCCAGCAACCACCCCGCCACAACCACCCCGGCAGCAACCACCCCGCCAGCAACAACCCCAGCGGCAACGCCUGCCACAACGCCAGCGGAGAAGCCUCCAGCGGCAACGCCACCGGCGACAACCGCGCCAGCAACCACCCCGCCAGCAACCACCCCGCCAGCAACCACCCCGCCAGCAACCACCCCGCCAGCAACCACCCCGGCAGCAACCACCCCGCCAGCAACAACCCCAGCGGCAACGCCUGCCACAACGCCGCCCGGGACAACCGCAGCGUCAACGCCAGCGGAGCCAGCGCUGGAGCCACUGGCUCCUGAGACCACGCAGAGGCUCCGUGGCGUGCCAGAGGUCGAGGAGGCGCCUUCUCUUCCACCGCCGCCCUUCUCGCAGCUAGGUCAGGGACACGUUCCUGAUGACUCGAGCCCGCGGGCUUUGAGGCCCAAGGACACGGUGGAAGAGCCGGAGCCAGACCCGGAGGAGUGCGAGGCUGCAGCCACGGCGAACAGCGAGGUAGAGCCACACGACUCGGUGUCCGCGUGUGCAGCCUCGGAGACUGGUUCGAUUGUGGGGGAUCCCACCACCAGCCAAUCAGUUAAGCGGCUGGAGCCGCCGCACCGCUCCCAAGAGGAGGCUGCGUACGGGCUGUCAGACUCUGGCCACAUUCAAGUUUUGUCGGCGCCCCGCAUCAGUCACUCUGAAAGGGACUUUAUGGCUGCUUUGCGGGCCGUCAACGAGGACGUGAUUACGGAGUGUGUCAUCAACACCAAGAAUUCGAGGGCCUGGAGCUUGGCGAUGCCCACUUGCCGUAUCAGCCGUGCCUGCUUUGCCCGCGGCUUUGCAAAGCGCAACGAGGGAAUUCCGUACGAGAUCAAAUUCGACUUUGACAGGAAGAAGGACAAUGUGCUCAUUGCUGCCUUCUGCCUUUUCGGUGACGGGAGUGUGGACAAGGGCAUGGGCUACGAGAAGCUUACUGUGGACAUCGAGCAUGCUGUCAUGAAGCGCUGCUGUCAACUGGCGGGUCUUGAUGAGGCCGGCGCGGCUGCUGUACAGGUCGCCGCCCUCACCAUGCAUCAGGGUGCAGUACAGGCCCGCACCGAAGGCCCGACAGAGAGCGCCGCGCAGGCUGCCGCGUCAAAGGAGAAGGACAAGGAGUAUCCAGAGCAUGAAGACUCGAAGGUGAAUUGGUUCAGCCUGGGCUGGCCGAGUGCCAAGUACCUCUCGCUGUCAUCGGAGAUUUGUAAGGCCAACGCUGAGAAAGGA